UUACUAUAUUAGCGUCAUUUUUGUUGUUCUGCAUCCGGAUCGCUAAGUGUUCGUAUCGCUCCAAGUGAAUUUAAAGGGGAACAAGAAAGAAAAUAGUGUUUUACUAUGAGUGUGAGUGAGCAGUUCGUAACUCAGCAAUUCGCAUAGUUCAAAUCCGUAUCUGACAGGAAAAGAACCUUCACGUUUUUCUUGUAAUGGAAUCGCACACGCUAGAACUAUACCCUGAUCGCGGGAUUGUGCACGUAUCCCUCUUUCGCAACGUUACCAAUGCACCUGAGUUACGAAAACGAUUAAUAGCACAAGACACAACACUUGCUUGUGCACUGGUGGACGCUACUGUGGUAAUGAAUGUUUUUCACGUUCUUCUCGCGACCAAUCGUGCUGUGCACGAUGAGCAGAAUAACCAGAUAAAGAGCCACAACGUCCAUUCCGAAAUUGUUGUCGAUCUUUCACCUUCACCGAACAUUGCACAAGCGUUUCGGAGGUUUGGAUUAACCGAUGAAACCAAGGAUCUAGUAGUAGUUAAAGUUGGAGGUGAAACUGCUGAGGUUGAAAAGGAAAUGCGCGAGAAUGUAAAAGGAGACCUGGUACCCUUGAGUCAGUUAGAAGAUGUGAGAGAUAUCAAGAAAAUCAAAAAGUAUUAUCAAGUAGGAAACGAAGAUGAUUUAGACAUAAUCAUGCAACUAGUGGCAGGUGCUAUGGCCUUGAAAGGACAUGUAUAAUAAUAUAAAGGCAAAAGUUUUGAACGAGGAAUAUGACAAUUCUUUGGGACUUGGCAUAACCUACGAUGUAUUCGUGUGGAAGAUUUAUAAUUCGUUUUCCUUCUC